AUGUUUAAGAAGUUCAAGGAUAAAUUAGCAGAAGAGGUAAAAUCCUCGCCACAAAGAAUACAACAGUUUGCUCAAGCUGCACAGGCUGCUGUAACAUCUGCCUCCAGUAGUAUUUCUGACAUUACUAAUAAUGACCUUUUUUCAAUUGGAGACAAUGAUAAUCAUCGUGGUCCUGUAUCAGCAGUCAAACAACCAAGUACAUUCCAAGAAAUAUCUUUAGCUCAACAACAAUCAUUACAUUCUGCUUCUGAUGGUCAAGACACAUUAUUACAUUAUGAUGAAACGCCGAGACAAAGAAGAUUAUCUAAUAGUUCUUUUUCAAGUGAUACAUCUUUUAGAUUACCUACAUAUGAGAGCCCAUCUAUGUAUCACAUUCAGUCUGACAUGGAUGUAUCUGCAAGCGAGGCAGAAGAAAAAGGUUUUGGCCCCGGUGGAGUGAAUUUAGAUAGAGUUACCAAAGAAGAGUUGUAUUUUGCAUAUAGGCGUACUCGGGAUCGCUGGACUAAGUAUAAAAAUCAGUAUGCAGAUUUGGCGCGACACUACAAACUUCUGGAGAGAGAAAAUGCUAAAGCAAGGAAUGUAUUAGUUGAAACUCAAGAUAAGGCUUUACGAAGGAUAUCAGAGUUAAAAGAACAAUGUUCAUUAGAGCAAAGUGCCAAGGCACAUCUUGAGAGAGCAUUACGUGUUGAAAUAGAAGAGAAAAAUAUGAAAAUAGAAACGCUAAACACAAAAGUAAAAUUUCUGCAAGAGAACAAGGAUAAUGACAGCAAUACUUUUGAAUCUGUGGCUACUGAAAAACUUGAAAAAGACAAUUCUCAAUUGAUUGAUUUAAGAACUGAUGAUAAAUCAGAAAAUAACUUGUCUUGCAAAAGGAAAAGGAACGGCAGGGACUAUUACGACAGCUUGGCAUCA